GGAGAAGGGGAGGAGUUGGGUUAUCUGGGCGUCUCAUGGAGUUGCCACAGGACAAAUGAUACACACACUUUAACAGACUCACACAGCAGACAUUAUUUUGUACUUGACAGAUUUACACACACAGACUUUGCCUGUCGUACACAAUGGAGUGUUUAGAGAGACCUACUCUAUACACUUCCUCUCUUCUUUGGAACAAACACUUUGUCCGAUGUGUACUUUCACAUCCAGGCACAGACAGAUUAGGUAUUGAUUCAUAGAUUAAAAUUCACACACCCACAAGUGCACACAGCGCAGGUACAGUAGGAGUCAUGGCGUUGCACUUGCAGGUUUUGAAUUUUAGUAGUUAGCUGUAGUGCCGGAGUGGAGGAUGGCGCUGCUCACAUCUGCUGGUUCUGAGGAUGAACUGGAGUACUCCAACCAGCCGGAGGAAGACGAGGAAUAUGUUUGUCUGCCAAGUCAAGGAAGCACAGAGCAGGAGGAGGAAGAAGAAGAGGAAUAUGUAUGUCUUGCCAGUCAUGGAAGUACAGAGCAGCAGGAGGAAGAGGAGAUGGAUGAAGAGCAACAAGUUCUGUGUGAAGUGCUGUGUGCAGACAGAGUGGGCCAGAUGACAAAGACCUACAGCGACAUUGACGCUGUCACUCGACUGUUGGAAGAGAAAGAGCGUGACUUGGAGUUAGCAGCCCGCAUCGGACAGUCGCUGCUGAAGAAAAACAAAGCACUGAGCGAGAGGAAUGAACUGCUGGAGGAGCAAGUAGAGCACAUACGAGAGGAGGUAUCUCAGCUGCGUCAUGACCUGUCCAUGAAAGAUGAGCUGUUACAGUUCUAUACCAGUGCUGCCGAGGAGAGUGAGGGGGAGUCUACCACCUCCACACCUGUGCGUCCCAGUGAAACCAAUGCAUCAACUCCAACAUUUUUCCCCCUGGACUCCUUGCAGAAGAAACUCAAAGAUCUUGAGGAAGAAAACAAAUCGCUGCGAUCUGAGGCCAGUCAUUUGGAGACAGAAACUAUCUCUUAUGAGGAGAAAGAGCAGCAGUUGGUCAAUGACUGUGUCAAAGAACUACGUGAUGCCAACAUACAGAUGUCCUCUCUGGCUGAAGAGCUGGCGAGGAAGACUGAAGACGCCUCCAGACAGCAGGAGGAGAUCACGCACCUCCUCUCCCAGAUAGUAGACCUUCAGAAAAAGGCCAAGCUGUAUGCUGUGGAGAAUGAGGAGCUGACUCAGCACUUAGGAGCAGCCAAAGACGCUCAGCGACAACUCACCGCUGAGUUGCGGGAGCUGCAAGAUAAAUAUGCAGAGUGCAUGGAGAUGCUCCAUGAGGCUCAAGAGGAACUGAAGAACCUGAGAAAUAAAACUCCGCUUAACACACAGAGGCGUUUCCAUUCCCUGGGAUUGUUCCCAAUGGACUCUCUAGCAGCGGAAAUAGAGGGCACCAUGAGGAAGGAACUUCAGAUGGAUGAUCCAGAUGUAGAGGAGCAAAGACUGCAACCAAAGCGAGUGUUCCAGACAGUGAAAAACCUAAACCUGAUGCGUCAGCAGCGUUCAUCGCUGGCCCCCUCCCCUCUCAACAUCCCAGGCUCCAAUCAGACAUCAUGCUUCACCUCGGGGCGCUCCAGCAGGGUGGGCACGCCGCGCUCCAACUCCAUAUAUGGCAGCGAGACAGGAAGUGGGAUUUUCCUGGACAACAGGACUAGCAGUAUCCUGGAGACUCCAGAUGAUGGGUCUGAGGACUCUAACAAGCGUCCCCCUGGCACCCCAGGGACCCCAGGCAGCAGGGACCUGGAGGCAGCCCUGCGGCGCCUGUCUCUCCGCCGCGACAACUACCUCUCAGAAAAACGCUUCUUUGAGGCGGAGAGGGAGAGAAAGCUGGCUUACCUGGCCAAGGAGGAGGAAAAAGGAGGCGAGGAGGGUAGUGGAGACCCAGGGACGCCAACGGAGAGCCUGCUGUCGAUGUGCUCGCAUCCCUCCUUUGGAAGUGUCUGGUCAGGAUACUCGUACACAGCGAGAUCCUACCUGCCGGAGAAGCUGCAGAUUGUAAAGCCGCUAGAAGGCUCUGCUACGCUCCAUGCAUGGCAGCAGUUGGCUCAGCCCCAUAUGGGCGCUCUGCUGGAUCAUCGGCCUGGUGUGGUCACGAAGGGCUUCCGCACUUUAGCACACGAGCACGAACAGGACGACAGCUGGCAACUGGACCAACCAGAGGAGGACGAAGUCUCAUGUGACUCAUUUGCCUGCUUGUCAGGGGAGAGCUUGGCUCCCUUGGAUCCUCCGCGCUCUACCUCUUCUCCCUCUGUCUGCUGCAACAAAAACGGCAUCGCUGACGACAAUAGCCAAUCAGAAACACUGCACGGAGAAACAUACGGGGCUAGAGAGGCAAUUCAAGGAAAAGACGGACAUGUUGCAAACAUGCCCCUUCCCUCCUCAAGCCCAACCCUCUCCUCUUCUGUCCCGUCUUCUUCCGAGAUGAACGGGCACGUGGACCUCAAGGAGCUCCAGGCCUUACAGUCUGGCACACUGGACCGCAUGCCUGUUAAUUUCCCAGGGAAGUGUAUGUCCCAGACUAACUCAACAUACACCUUCACCACCUGCAGGAUUCUCCACCCUUCUGAUCAGCUGACCUCUGUGUCCCCAAGCCCAGCUGUGGCCUCCUGUCAGAGCAGCACUCUCAUCGGCUCUUCUACCCCCACUUCCUCUCCUAUACCCUUCUCUGCCCCACAUACGCCUUCCUACACCCCCUGCUGCACCCCGCGCCGCCUCUCCCUCUCUCUUUCCCUGGCUGAGUCCUCCACCAACCUUAGAGACUCCACCAAGACCACCAGCACCUCUCUAGGCCUCGUGCGCCUCCUGCUGGAGCACGGGAUCUCUGCGUCAGUGUAUGAUCCGCGCAGCUGGGACCGAGGGUUGGACACCAGCGGUGCUUCGACCCCUGUAGCAAGUGCGCAGACACAGAGGUGCACCGACAGACAAGGGGAGACCGAAAACAGACGGUUGAAGAAACGCCCGGACACACUCAUCCUCCAGCCCUCCUCUCUGCCCAACUCCACUCGUUACUGCUCCAAAUCUGCUUCUUUUACCACCUCUGGCCCAGUUUUUCAAUUCAGCCCUUCCAACGACGACCCGCCAUACUACGACACUUUCCUCGCCUCCAAGCCGGCACGUACCAUCCUGAGGGAAGUGCUGGGUGAGGCAGAGAGGGAGCGAGGGGGCCAGACAGAUGACGACAGCCAAACAGAGAUGAUGAACCUGAGACUUGUGGACAAACUGAAACGUUUCCGCACUGUAUCGCCUCAUGCUGCUUCUGUUGCAUCUGGGAGUACUCUAUUAGCCCCCUUCGGCUCCACUGGACUGGGAAACAGUACACUGGGUGGGGGCCUUCCAGGUUUGAACGCAGGACUGAGGAGGAAUCGAAGCUAUCCUGCAAUGGUAGGAGCCAGUAUGGCUAUGAAAGACCCAGGAGGGCCCCCCAGUACAGAGAUACUCAUACCACAUACAAUGCAAGCCCCACACACAGUGCACAUACAGGAAUUAGGAAAAUUUCAAACAACAAACCACACACUAGUCACACAGACCACACAAAUACCACAGACACUACAUGCGCUGGAAACAGUGGCACCACAGACGAUAACACAGAAUCACGUCAAGCCAAACAACGGACUGCAGGAUUCAACAAGCAAUGAUGAUGAGACUGGGACAUAAAUUGGAAAUAUUGACUAUAUUAGACCAUAUUACAACACACAAUCUCACAUCUCAGAGCACCAUACAUGCUGUUAUUACACAUGUACACACACAUACAAAUGUAUUUACAAAGCCAAAUACCCUACAUAACUAUGUAAACAUCCUUCAGUAUGGAGUCUACCCACAGAGUGAACAACUACACCCUCAGACUCUACUUAACUUAACUCUCUUUCCUAACAAUUAUCAGUCUAAUCAAUGUAAACUGAAUGAACCAGUAGUGGCUGACACUGUUACACUGUGUUAUACUCAUAUACUGUCAGAUGAAUGAUGAUGGAGUAUGUUGCCUUCCUCAGUGUCCAUUGUAACUGUAUAUUGUACGUGCAAUAUACUGUGUCAUAUAUAGUAUAAUAUUAAAGGCCCAAUCUGGUGAAAGUACUGCAGUUUACUCUCCUUUUCCUUCUCAACCUGAAUGAGUGCGCUAUUGAAAAAGGCAACACACACAUUUUUGAUGUACUGUACUGGCCCGAAUAUAAGAUGUUUUUAUGAAGAAAUGGGGAUCAUAUCUUCCAGGACUAAACAAGAUGUAAUCUGAUGUUACAGUUACUCUAAGAAAGUGCUGUAUCAUGGGUCGUUUGUAGCCGUGAUGUUGCUAGGCUAGCACUUUUCUCUCAUAGCAAAAAUGAAGCCUCGGUAAAGAUGGCUGCUAGUCCUUAGCUAGCUGGACUAGCCUGUUACCAGAGCCUUUAUUCAGCUAAAAGAUUUGUAAAUCAUCAAAGAGCAGGUUAAUGCUGAUCCUCUUUUUAGAUUGUAAAAUAGAAUAAAUGAAAAAGUAUGAUUAAAUUUUGGGAUUUUUAUUUUCUUACUCUAUUGUAGAUGUGACAAUACAUCUAAAUAUGGUUAAUUUGACAAUCCUGUAUCAUUAAAAAUGUCUAAAACCUUUUAUAUUCAGGCCACUAUGGUAUUUUUAGGCCUUUUCAUGAUUUCUGUCCGCACUGUAUUGCACUGAAGUUGAACGGAAGUCAUAACAUACAGUACAGUGGCAUUAGAGAUUAUUUUCCACCAGCAAAUCUUUUUUCUCUCUGUAUGUAUGUAAUCAGCAUUUAAAAAAAAAAAAAAGUGAGAGAAUCCAGAUUGGGUCUUUAAUGUGUGCCCUUGCUCUGACUGAAUGUUCUUCUGUGCCUAAAAACAGCUAACAUACUGUACCGUAUCUCAUUGGAGUAUGGGUUUGCAAUUGUUUUGUUUCUUGUUACUUUAAUAUUUUAAUUUGCCUCUUGUUAAAUGUUAUGCAGUAGAGAAAGAAAAUGAGAAUAAUCUUGCAAACACAAUUUAUUUGCAUCUGAAACAUGCUCAUUUCUGUCUGUUUUUGUCUCCCAAUAAGUUUGUGUGAAGCACCUCCUUCUUUUAGACUCCACAGGGAACAUGUAGCACAUAAACAGUUCCACAGACCAGGUCCAGCUAUACAGACACCUGGUAAAACACUGUGACAACACAGACCUGCAGAGAACAGAAGACCUUCUUUUCCCACUCUUCUUCUGCAAUAUAUCUCUGCAACACUGUCUUUUCAGUACUCGUCAGUAUAGAACAAGUUUGAGGAAGAGGACACUUGUAGCGAUUUGAGUCUAUCGUGACUGAGGCAUGACAGACAUGACAGACAUCCUAAUCCAAAAAAAUACAAAUGGGAGCAGCAAGAUCAGAAGGUAAAGUUUACCAUCAUAGUUAUACCCUGAGCUGUCACUCAAAACCAAAGUUACACCCAAAUAAAGAGUGGGUGGGACCACAAAGACACAGAAUUGAAGCAUGUCACAGGUCACAGAGUCAUUUUUUUCCCCAUCAUAUGCAUUCAUACUGUCUCCAUAGAAUUUGUUUUGUCAAAAUCAAACAAGCUGUGGGUGGAAACUGUAAAGCAAUAUUAGGCAGUAUGAGACUUGUAUGUUUCUGAAUGUAAAUGUAAAAAAAAAAGAAGUGACUUGAAAUAUCCAAAUGUUGCUUUGAAGAGCUUUGAAGAGCAAGAGACUGAGCUUUUUUAUCUCUAACACAGUUUGUUGCUGAAGGGAAGUUUUGAGUAUCACUGACCUAGUUGCAGCGUCCAACCUCAGGAACACCCAUCAGACCUUGAUGAAGUCUCACGGUUGUCCCACUUUGACAACAACAAGUGGUUGAAGACUCUUGUGCUGACUUUUUUUUUUUUUAGCACUUUCAGCAAAUCUUUCUGUAAAUCUUAAAAGGUUAUAUUUGGAAAGAGAGCUACAAUCACUAAAUUCAAUACAAACAGAAUAGGAAACACCUCCGCCCAGACAAAGUGAUUUCCUUUAUUAUACACCAUUUUGAUCCCUUCCAUCCAUCUGUAAUUGGGUGCUUGUGAUCAUGCAGGUGACAUCAAUUAACGUUUCGGGGCUCUUAGGUUGGACAUGAGAACUGAACCAGUGUCUGUUUUCUGACUGACUGGCAGUGAAUGAGUGGUUGGAAUGGCUGGCUCUGAAGCUGGCAGUGAUCUGUUGAAAUCCUUAAUGAUUAAGGGGUUAAACUAGCAAUGCUGUUAUUGGGAGAUUAAUGAUUAUUAAAUAUAUUUAUUAAAAUACUUAUUAGCAGCACACUUAUAAUGGAGUAUCUAUUGUUUGUGUUUAAGUGAAGGACUUUUGCUGAUUUUAUGUAUAUUUUGAAAGGCCACAUUGAGAGUUUGAAUCAUUUUUUAUUGAACAGUUAUUAUAGUUACAUGAUAAACAUUUCUGUGGCACUUAGUAGAAGCAUUUCCGUUUAAAACAAUGGUACUGUUAGCUGUCCACAAGCUUACAUUGAUGAUGCCAUUACUUCAUGACAGUUGCACAUUUUGGAGAGAGAAAAAAAAAAUCAAACAAUUCACAGUAUUUAAUAAUGAUACCAAGUGCUAAGACUGAAGUGAUAAGGAGCUGAUGUGAGCGUGUGUGUGUGUGUGUGCUUGUUUUUCUGUGUGUCACUUGAAUCAUCUGAAUGUAAGUUAUUUCAAACAGUAAUCCUGCUGUAGGGCCAUAUAUUUGUGUACAGUAUGUUGAUUUAACGUUUAUCAGUUUGUGUUAAUCUCAGAAUGGGAAUUAUUACAUUGUAAAUGUAUGAAACACAUAUUCAUGCUAACUUCUUUUUUUUUAAUAAACUGUAACAGUAGAAAAGAGACAGGGAAUUCAGCUGCUUAUAUUGAGUAAAGAGGGAAAGAAAUUUUUCUGUUCAGGGACUGAAAGUGUUCUGUUCUGCAGAACAGACUGUACUGUCAAUAAAACAAAUGCAUAAUAAA